AAUGCACGGCGAUGCCGCGUUUGCUGCGUCUAUGCCAUCACCGGCACAUCUGCGACGUUAUAAGGCUGCUUGUCCCCUGUGUGAUUGUGACGCACCAUUUCUUCCACUCUCUGUCUGCCCAGCCUUUACAGCUGGUAACCAGGGCUUAGAGAGUACGCUUCUACCCAAUAAGCUUUAACCGCUUAGGUACUUUGCUGUCGGCAACAUGGCGUCCGCCGCGGAGACGAAGCCGGACAUUCACGAUCCCCAUAUACUUCACAAGGACGAGGCUGCCGACGUCGAAAAGCAAUCUGGUUCCGAUGGCGACCAUUACCAUGCUGAAAACCCGACUGACCACGCCAUCAGUGCUGCCGACAAAGAGCACUACGAGAAGUACGGUACCUACGACCGCUAUGAGAUCACCGAGGAGGAUUGCUAUGACGAGCUUGGAUUUUCCUUCCCCGAACGGAAGAAAUGGAUGAUUCUCAGUGUCAUCUUCAUGGUGCAGGUCAGCAUGAACUUCAACACAUCACUAUACAGCAAUGCUGUAAGUGGCAUCUCCGAAGAGUUUGGUGUCAGCGCACAGGCAGCGCGUGUUGGUGCCGCCGUCUUCCUCCUCACCUACGCUUUCGGCUGCGAGCUUUGGGCGCCCUGGAGUGAAGAGCUAGGAAGGUGGCCCAUCCUUCAGCUCAGCUUGUUCCUGGUCAACAUUUGGCAAAUCCCCGUGGGGAUCGCUCCCAAUUACGGGACCAUCAUUGGCUUCCGCGCCCUGGGUGGUCUCUCCACUGCUGGUGGAUCCGUCACUUUGGCCAUGGUGGCCGACAUGUGGGAAGCUGAAAACCAGCAGUAUGCUGUUGCAUUCAUCGUCUUUUCAUCCGUCGGCGGAUCGGUUCUCGGACCUAUUGUCGGAGGCUUUGUCGAGCAGUUCCUCGCCUGGAGGUGGAACAUCUGGAUCCAAUUGAUCUUUGGUGUCGCAGUCCAAAUUGCCCACGCUAUCCUUGUACCCGAAACUCGCACCACAGUCCUCAUGGACCGCAUCGCGAAGAAGCGUCGUGAGGAGGGCGAGAAGAACGGCAAGCCGAAUAAUAUCUGGGGACCAAACGAACUGAAGACGUUCAAGGAGCGCUUCAGCGUACACGAAAUUCUCGUGACUUGGGUCCGGCCCUUCCGUAUGUUCCUCACCGAGCCCAUCGUCCUGGUUCUGUCUCUGCUCUCUGGUUUCUCCGAUGCCAUUAUCUUCAUGUUUCUCCAGUCGUACGCGCUUGUGUAUUCGCAGUGGAACUUUGCAACCUUUGCUGUUGGGCUAACCUUCAUUGCCAUCGGCAUUGGCUACUUCAUCGCGUGGUUCUCCUUCUUCCCAGCGAUCAAGCGUAACAAACGCCUCCGCGAAGAGAGGCCCGAUGAUGAGCGCUCACAGUACGAGGCUCGACUUUGGUGGCUUCUGUACACCGCUCCCUGUCUUCCAAUUGGUCUCAUCAUUUUCGCCUGGACUUCAACUGGCCCGCCAAUCCACUGGAUUGGUUCUCUGAUCGGUUCCGCGAUCAUUGGUAUCGCCAACUAUGCCAUCUACAUGGCCACCAUCGACUACAUGAUCUGUGCCUACGGACCUUACUCUGCUUCAGCGACUGGCGGUAAUGGCUGGGCGCGUGACUUCCUCGCUGGUGUUCUCACUAUCCCCGCAACACCUUUCUUCCAGAACAUCGGCGGUGAUUUGCAUCUCGCGUACGCCUCGACGAUUCUAUUCGCAAUCUCUCUUCUCCUUGUCGUCUCUGUUUACGUCAUCUACUGGAAGGGUCCUGAGCUCCGCAAGCGCAGUCCAUUUGCCCAGCAGCUGAGCGCCGCCCGUGACGAGACCGGUGGUCGCCGUGUCAGUAAUCUCCCCGGUUUGUAUGGCAGCAGAGCAAACUCGUUUGCACAACAAGGCGGAUCAAUGCCAAGUUCUCGCAGAGGUAGUGUAGUGCGUGGCGUUCCUGGUGGUGAGAAUAGAUAUGCAGAAGCUCAGCGUGCUAAGAUGCAGAGGAAGCGCAGCGCGAAUGCUAGCACUGCUUAAGCGCAGGCAAUUUCGAGGCGUAGAAACCCUCUUCAA